AUGUUAUUAGAUGAAAUAGAAGCACCAAUUUCGGGCGACGAAGAAAUACUCAAGCCGACAUUCCCACCUACUUUGACAAUAGACGAAAUCAUGCCAAAAUACGUUAAGAAUAAAAGUAUAAAGCUUCCAAAUGCUUUUAUCAUUUACAGAAUGGCAUUAAUGAAAGAAUAUCGUAAAGAAAACAUCAAAAAAUCAAUUGUUCAGUUAGCAAAAAUCGCAAGAAAUUCUUGGUCAAACGAACCACUAGAAGUAAAACAUUUUUACAAUAGACUAGCUGAGGACGUUAAAUCUAAUAUUAAGAAUAACAAACUUCAAAUCACCUUUGAUAAAAAUGUGAAUGAAGUUGGAGAAAGCAUGCAAGUUUUGCAUUCGAAGGAUUUAAGUUUUGGAGCCGAUUUGGGAUAUGCCAAUUAUAAUGAGGAUACGAUCUAUGCGCAAGAUUCAUUAAGUAGAUUUCUUACUAUUGAGGAUUCUAUUGUCGAUGCUAUGGAUCCUUCUGAUAACGGUUCGGCUAGCAAUUCACAAGUUGAAACUUAUCUCCAUCAUAACUUUUUAGAAGAUCCUAAUGAUCAAGAGUAUAAAACUUUAGAGGAAUUAGAAGGAGAAUUCAUUAAAGAUCAAGAUAUAAACCAUAUCUCUGACGAUAGUAAUCCUUUUAACUCUAUUCAGCUUAAUGAACCUACCAUUAAAGUUUGGAAUGAUAAUGGACUAAAUUUUUGUUGUAAUUCAAAUUUUAGAGAUGAUUCAGAAUUUAUUUCAAUAAAAUCAACAAUUUCUCCUGGAAUUUCUGCUACUUCGUAUAUCGAAAUUGAGAAGUUGCAGAAAUUACUUAUUAGCCGAAAAGAUGAUAUCAAUGAUUUAUUAAAAUCGCAGCCUGUUUAUGCUAUAGGAAUUGACUUUCAUAAUGAUUCUAUCAGUCCAUGUAUUUCUUGCUGGGUUUCUAAACCGUUAGACAUUUCAAUAUUGGAAUGUCUUGAAGCCAUGUUUGAGAAUCAAUUUGAAGCUAUAUACCAAAUAUCAAUUCCUGAUAAAAUUGAUAAUCAAAAUUUAAGUGAAUUAUCUAGUAGCAGCGACCACAUUACUAAAGAAUUUGGUGAUAAUAAUUCAACUAGACAUUCUCUUCCAAAUAAUAUAGAAAAUUUGAAGAAAGAACAAGAAUCAGUCAAGGAUGAAGAUAAAGAUAUAAGCAGUAAUAAUAAUGGAAGCGAUAAUGAUUACAAAAGUGGUAAUGAUAGUAAUAAUGGUAAUAGAGGAGGCGAUGGUAAUGGAAGUAAAGAUAAUGAUAGUGGCAAUAAUGAAAAUUGUAUUACUAUUUCUUCUGCUGCAAUUGUUAAUACUGUAGAUCCAGAGAUUUUUCAAAAAUUUACUUUUUCUGCUCAUCUUCAUGCUAAAUUUUCCCCACCGAAUCUGGAGUAUGAAAUCGAUUUAUAUUCUUGUAAAACAGGGAAAAUGCUUAGUUAUAAUUUACCAUUUUAUAAAAGGCGUGGACAUGGAUAUUUUCUUGAUUCUGUUGAAGUUGGCAUUUCUCCAAUUUCAUGCAUACCUAAUGAUAAGAAUAAUUUGUUUAUAUCUUUAAACGCUCCAUAUCCACAGCAGUUAAAUCGAUCUGUUGAAAUUUCAAAUGGUCGUGAAACAAACUUUGAAGGACAAAUUGGAGCAGCACCAAAUAUUUCAGCAAAAGGUGGUAUAAAAAGUGUUACAAAUACCAAAUUCACAUCAGAUGAGUGGGAAUUAAAUUAUAGUGGUUGUCAUACUACUGGAGAUGCUUGGUCAUAUCGAUAUGUUUCUAAUAACCUUGACAAAGAUGGUAAGCGCAGAACAAGUUAUGUUCCUGGACGUCAUUCCGCUAAAUGGCAAACCAAGAAAAAUAUGAGUGGAUUUCGUAUUAAUAUAACUCAAAUAAUACGCUAUAAGAACUUUAAUGCAAAUUUUGCAAAAUUGGCAAGGUCCAACAGAGGUAUUUAUGAUAUUGAUAAUAAUAUUAAUAUCGGAAUUCCAGAUAUUCAGAAUUUGGAUAAGAAAAUCAUAAUCAAACGUUCAUUUGUACCAAUAGCAUCAAAGGCUAAUUAA